AUGAGAGAAAAUGGAAAGAUCUUUAAGUUUUCUUUAUCUAAUAAGGCCGAAAACGUGGUUUUCAUCUUGAGCCUCGUCUCAAGGCUAGAAUCAGCUGGAAACUACACAAAAAGCCAUGGCUACACUCAUCUCAAACUAGAAAUUAUCGAAAGACCAGCAGAGACGAUUUGGCUAGGUUCCUGCCUGGCUUUUAAUGGCUUCGAUGGACGCAUGUUUGCCGUGUUCUUUUCAUACCUCGAACAUUCAGGCACCCAACUACGACAACGAGACCACCUGUUUGCUGUUGGAACAGUGAGUGAUACUCCCAGGCUGGUCAAAACAUUAAAGGACAGUGGUUCGCAGCUCCUAUCAGAAGUUCUUCAAGCUCUAUUCCAGCAGUUCUUAAAUGUCGAUCAGAAGGCUAUGCGACGCUCAUUAGAGCUUCCGUCCGAAUAUGGCUCAACAUUAACGUUAAUUCCUCUGCCAUCGCGGUGGGGCCAACGUGUCCAGAUGAAAAACCGCUCGAUUGGCCGGUGGAAUCAGUUCAUAAGUACCCUUGCAACACAAGGAGUCAAAGAAAGGUCGAAAGCGGAAGGAACUUUCACUGCUGCGUACCUUGUCAAUGUCUGUGGUAUGAAUUUGGCUUGGACGAAUCAUCUCACGGAUCAUUUAAUAUUGGAUUCCUAG